AUGGCCUGCACAGUCCCACCGAAAUCUUGGGAAGGCGGCUUUGCCCGUCCUUCAGAGACGAAGUUAUGGGCGGACGAGAACAACUAUGUCACCGAGACCGGCGAACAGGCGCAUUAUAAACUCCCCGAGCAUACGGAUGCUCCGACUUCAACGAUCGGGAAUGCACUGGGCUUGACGCACUACCGGACCUGGCCCAGCCUUUACGAUGGAACUGCGUAUGGGAGGCCGGCAUGGUUCAAGCCAGCGGAGGAGGUCGAUGUUUUGAUCUGCGGUGCUGGCCCAUUCGGCCUUGAACUGGGAAUGGUACUGGCGCGGCAAGGUGUCAGCUUCCGCAUACUCGACAAGGCCAGAACACCGUGCAUCUCCGGGCGAGCGGAUGCCGUCCAUCCCCGGGCGAACGAGCAUCUCCAUGCCUGGGGCAUCGCCCAUGAAUCGACUAAUGAAGGUCCCCUCAUCAACUCGACAGCCGUCUACAGCAAGGGCGUCAAACUGCGGCACAACAACCACCCCAUUAGUGACUCGAGGUACAGAGGAUCCAGUGUCGUCACCCAGAGUCAGCUCGAGAGGAUCUACAUUCGGGAUCUGCUGCGGCAUCGGGUUCUCGUGGAGAGGCAGACGCUCGUGAGGGAAUACCAGGUGCUCGACGGGAAAGAGGCGCACCCGGUGCGGGCGACGCUGACGAACAUUGCAACGGGCAAGGAGGAGACGGUGCGGGCGCAGUACUUGAUCGGGGCCGAUGGGGCUGCGAGCAGUAUCCGCGAGCAGAUGAAGGUGGAGUUUGAUGGGCUGGCAACGGACAUCUACUGGGCCAUCAUCGACUGCCAGUUCAACACAGACUAUCCGCACAUGUACGGCAUGAGCAUGAUCAGCAGCGAGCAUGGGGGGUGCGUAGUAAUUCCGCGCGAGGAGGGCUUUACCAGAUUCUACAUCCAGGUCAACGGAGAGACCGCACGCCGGCUGCACCAAAGGCGCGACUCGCGACGAAACAAUGCCUCCUCCGUCGGGACAAUGCGGAUCGACGACCACGGCAUCACGCCCGACGAAGCCCUCGACCAACUGCGAAACAUCAUCGCCCCUUGGAAAAUCGACUUCGCGUCCCCGAUCAGCUGGUUCUCAGUCUGGAAAGUCAACGAGCGCGUCGCACGGCACUUCUCGUCCCCCGACCUUCGCGUCCACCUCGGAGGCGACGCAGCACACGUCCACAGCGUGCUCGGCGCCUUCGGCCUCAACUCGUCCAUCUACGACGCCGCCAAUCUAGGCUGGAAGCUGGGCUUCUGUAUCAAAAAGCAAGCUACACCAUCCGUGCUCCUGCCCACCUACGACAGCGAACGGCGCCUCGCAGCCAACCGCGUCAUCCGCUGUUCAGGCGCGCACCUCCGCUUCCUAUGUAACUCACAUCUACCCCUUGCUUCCCUGCGCGGCCUGCACGAUGAGCUCGAGUCGCACGAUGACCGGCUGCCCCCGCUCGACGGGAGCAUCGAAGCAGAGAAGCAGUUCAUGGCGGCGUUUUAUAAACAGAACGUGGGAUUUCUAAUGGGACUUGACUUCCCCGUCGUCGAGUCUGCGAUCACGCGUCCGGACCCUGAGACGCGGCCCCUGAACGUCCGCAAUGGCGCGCGUGCCCCGAAUCCGCGUGUCUGCUUCGAUGUAGAGCGCACCGGGUAUCUCUACGACAAGAUGACUGGCGUCACGCGCUUCCACAUCUUGAUCUUUGCCUCAGACCUCCAGGGACCGGUGCGCGAGCGACUGGCCGCCUUCUCGCGCAAGGCUUUUAGGUCAGAUGGCUUCUUCAAUGCGUACGGUGGACCGGACAGGUUCAACGUCCUCCUCGUCACCAAAGCCCUGCCCUUCCAAGCCACCGACCUCCUCGCUCCACAACUCGGACAAGACGACGCCCUCAAAAACAUCCGCGACCACGCAACGCUGAUCUACGAUGACCGGCCGCCUGACGCCGACGCACACUACUGGUACGGCGUGAACCAUGCCCGUGGGGCCGUUGCCGUGGUCCGGCCGGACCUCAGUAUUGGCGUCAGCGUCUGGCCGGAGGAAGUCGAGAGGCUGGACGCUUACUUCGGGGGGUUUCUUGUGAAGCAAAGUCUCGCACGUGCAGGUGCUGAGGGCGGGAUGGCGAGAUCGCGUGGAGUUCAGUCACUCACUGAUGAAGUUAUUGUCGAGGAGAAAUCAAGGGCUGCCGCUGCCGCUGCCGGUAAUGGUAGUGCUAUGCAUCGGCCGAAGAGAUCGCUGCGGUCAUGGUUUACGGGGUUGUUGGCUAUGUAG